AUAAGGCGAUAACAACGGCGACUGUAGCGGCGGGUAGAACUGUGCAGGAGUAACCAGUCCACUGUUGUUGGGGGACGAUACUUUUAACACUUCAUUUGCCUAAGGUCAGACGAGUGUACGCAGCACAAGGAUACAUAUGGAUUUUGACUGGAAGUCUAUCUGAAGUCUUUAUCAUGGUGGCAGAGGAGAUUGAAAAAUAUGGUUGAAAUACAGUACAGUACUAUAUAUUGCUAAGUACAUUAAUAACUUCGUGCCUCAAAAUCUUAACAUUGAAGUCACUAUAGAUACUGAAAUAGGAGUGUCUUAUGCGGUGUUUGAAUAAUGGAUUCAUAUAAUAAUCUACAUAAAGAUAUUGCAAAGCUUAUUAAACUGGAUAAAUUAGGCAGAUCUACAACACAGCUCUCACAUGGGUCAUCAGAGGUGGUUACUGCUGGUACAUCCCAUCAGGUGAAUGAAGGAGAGGUGCUAGUGUGCCCCAAGCAGUUACCCAUUCCAGAUGGUAAAGAUUUUCCAAAAGCACCAGCCACUUUAUCAACAUUGGUGCUUCUUAUCUUGCAAAAUACAGAGUUAAAGUCUCAAACUUACUUUGGAAUUAAGAAUUUGUUAUGUUCCCUCUUCCCAUAUUACCAGAAGGCAUGGAUGUCCCAGAAUUGGAGGGCAAAACUCAGUUUGGCAACAGGUCAUGGGAAAAAUUCAAACUUGUUUCUGAAGAGUAAAAGUCAAGGUGGCAAAAAACUCAUAAUACUCAACCCAGCAGAAAUGAACUCUUGGAAGAAAAUUGUACAAAAUAAGCUUGAACAAAAUGAGGAAAGGUUUAAAGCUAGUAUGAACCAACCAGAUUUGUUUGAGCUCUUAAAGUGUGGUAAAGCAAGACUAGACUCUGGGAUUAAUUUCCAAAGUAUGAGAGGGAAAGUAGGCCAGUCUGGAUGGAAGAAGGCUUUAAAAUGUAUGGGAAAAAAAAAAAAAAAAUCGGAACAUACGAAUAAUAACCAAAGUAUGACAAAGAAAAAAGGCCAUUCUGAUUAUGAAAAUGAGGAGCGAAUGGAAACCCAUUUAAAGGCUAAAACAAAUGAUCUUACAGGUAGUGAUACAAUAAAUCCUCCAAUGAAGAGACAUGAGAUGAUGAUGCAUGAAGAUUUUCUGAUGAUUGAUUUAACUGUGCAAGAUAAUCAUCAUAAUAUUAUUGCAUCUGAUGUUGAGGUUAAUGCAAAGUCAACUGAAAAAUCUUUUUUAAUGGAUUGUGUGGAAUCACAGUUAAUUGUUAAGAACAGUGAUAAUAUAAUAGGAAGUAUAUCUACAUUCACCACAACUCCUGAAACAAAGCUUGGAUCUGAGAACAGAAUACCGUCAACACAGUCGGCAACUGUCUCUGAUUUAAAAAGAAUAGUGUCUCGUGAUGAACAAUUGGUUGAGGAACUUGAAGGCACCAUGGCACUUACACCCAUUCUUUCAAGCUGUGUAUCUCAGUGUUGCACAAUAUUUCCUUGGGUGGCUUCAACUAUGUCAAACAAAUAUUUUACCUGUAUAUGCACAAUUUGUUUCUGGGGUAGUGGAUAUGAAAAAAAUUACAAGGUCUGUACUGGUAAAUGUAGAGAUGAUAUUUCUCUUAUACCUAGACAUUUAAGAAAUCACGAGAGCACUAUAUGUCAUGAGAUGAAUGUAAAAAAGAAAGAUGUGGUUUGUCAGCUAAUACAAUCAAUAUACCCUUAUCUGAAGAAUAAUGCAUUUGAAGGCUUUGCUAGUAAUUCUUAUGCUAUGUGUGCUCUUAGAGAGAGUAAAUCUUUUGGAUGUUACCUUUCACUAGCUUCUUACCUUUCACUAGGUUCUUACCUUUCACUAGAAACAAAUUUAUUUGUUUCUUAUCUAAUAAGAUACAUUGCCGAGUGCAUAGAAAUUAAACUUUUGACAUCUCUCUGCAAGAGUCCAUUCUUCAGUAUGAUUAUUGCCGAGAAAAAGGAUUUUGCUAUUUUACGUUGGCUGAAUGAUAAAGAAGAACCUGAAGAACAUGUCUUCUCCACCCAAAUAUGCUCGCCAGGUAAGGUUAUGCCAUUUUUACUUUAUUUACAAGAAAGAAAAGUUGAUACUAGAAAACUGAUCUCAAAAUCAUUAUGCAGUCUACCAGCUUCAUCAGGUUUAUCAGAAAAUGAUUGGUCACAUCAGUUACCUGCUCGUUGGCCUCCUUUGAAAGUUUGCCUCACAUGGUUAGAGAAAACAAAAAUAUUAAAGAGUAUUUUCUCUCAAUUGGAAGCACUAGUGAAAAUGUGUAAGUCCUCAUAUCACAAGUUUAUAAAGUUUCCUGAAGCUCAUGAUUUAGUCAGAGUUAAGGAACCGUAUAACCAUAAUUGUGUGGUUAAUGAGAAAAUCUUACUUUUUUUUUUCAAUAAUAUUGGCAAUUUAAGAAGAAUAUCUAGGGAGAUUUAUGCAGAAACUGAAAGCAUGGAAGCGCUCUUCUUUAACAAAGUUGGCUUGAAAAAUGGAGACUCCCUCAAAAAGUUUUUAUCAGUGUUGCCAAAACUUCAUGAUGUACUGGGAAGGAAAGCUUGUGAUUUUAGUUCUUUGUGCACAAUACUGAAGGAACUUAAAAAUGAGAUUCACAAUGAAAUGCAACCUUUCAAAAAUGCAGACCAUGAGUGGGAUGAAGCAUUGUGUCUAAUUGACACAUAUAUCAAUCAAAUUAUCUUUAUUUUAGAUUAUUCAGACCAGGAACUGAUGGGAAUCUUCUCACAGAAAUUGAAGAAUCUCACCAUUGAUAAUGUGGGAAAGAUCUUGUCCAAAACAAUGACAAACUAUGACGGGGGGAGUGACCAGUGCCUUCAAGAUAUUAAACACUGUGUUGAAUUUCUCCCACAUUAUCAUGAUUUUAGCUUAUAUCUGGUACUGAAACUUGUGCUUAAAAAUUCAGAUUUGCACAAAGCAUUCCCACAUCUCCUUACAUUGUUUAAAAAAAUGUCAGUUUUACCAUGUUUUAAUGGGGCUAUUGAGCAGUACAUGUUCAAUAUUACAGCCUUAAACUUGUUUCUGAAGAAUAACGUUCAAGAGGAACUUAGAUAUCAUGUAGCUCUAAUUAUGUUAGAAGGCCCGCCAGUUGAGGAGGUUGAUGUUGAAUGUCAAUUGAUUGAUUGGAAGAAGAAGUGGAAUAUUUGUUGAAAUAAUCAUUCGUAGGAUUACAAGGGGUCACAGCUCAAGGCUGAUGAAGAAGCAGCAGGUCCAGAAAACUGUGAGGGCAAACUUUUUCGGAGUGAGAGUUGUGAACUUUUGGAAUAAUCCGUCGGAAAGUAUUGUGACGGCAC